AUGAGUACGCAGCAAAUUGUAGGGGAUGUGAAAAAAGAACUCCGCUUUGGCGUACGUCAUGUACAAACUCUGCUGCUAUUCUUUAAUAUUGUUGUGAUUUCAAUAAGUCGUUUAAAUAUCUCGGUUGCUGUGGUCGCGAUGACAAAUGCCGAAAGCACUAAUCCCAAUUUCCAGGAAUUCGAUUGGACGGAACAACAAAAGUCGUACAUAAUUUCCAGCUUCUACUGGGGUUACGUGGUCACACAGCUUCCCGGUGGCUAUCUGAGUCGACGUUUCGGUGCGAAAAUUGUGAUGAGCAUUAGUGUCUUCGCUUCGUCUGUAUGUAGUUUGGUCACACCAUUUCUGGUGCCUUGGGGCUGCUGGCAGAUAUUCAGUCUUAUACGUAUCCUGCAGGGUCUAAGUCAGGCAGCACUCUUUCCAGCCAUACACGAGCACAUUGCGAAAUGGUCUCCGCCACAAGAGCGUAACAUGCUGGGCGCGCUCGCCUAUUCGGGUGUCGAUUGUGGUAUGGUGUUGGCAAUGCUUGUGAGUGGUUUGAUUGCGAGUAGCGCGCUCGGCUGGCCGGGCAUUUCGUAUAUCUCAGCUGGCACUGGUUUCGUCUGGUGUUUGCUUUGGCACAUUUUCGCAGCAAAUAACCCGCCAACCUCGCGCUUUAUUACGAAAGCAGAGUGCGAGUACAUCGAAACUUCCAUGAAACGUGAGAAAGAUUUCCAUGAACGGAAAAUACCUGUACCAUGGUUGGCAAUGUUCACAUCGAUGCCCUUCUUGGCGUUACUCGUUGUGCGUUGUGCCGAAACCUGGGGCUUCAGCACCGCGCAAUCGCAGAUUCCCUCGUACUUUAAUGGUGUACUUAAUAUGAAUAUAAAGAGCAAUGCAUUCUUCUCGGCACUGCCUUACAUAGCGCGUUGGAUUAUGUCGUACAUCUACUUGUUCUUCGGAAAUAUGGCAGUCGCAAGGAACUGGCUAUGUUUGACGGUGGUGCGUAAGAUCGCCAAUACGAUGGCAAUGUGGCUGCCAGCGUUGUUUAUGAUCGGUGUAGGAUUCUUUGACGAUACCAACAAGUCUUGGGCCAUUGCUUUGAUGACAAUGAAUGUCGGCUUCAACGGUGGUGUUACCAUCGGCUGUGUACUCAGUACAAUUGAUGUAUCGCCAAAUCAUGCGGGCGUGGUAAUGGGUAUCGUGAAUACGCUGACUAAUGUGGUGUCUUUGUUGACGCCACUGGUUGUGGGCUUUAUAGUCACCGAUGCGCAUAUUCGCUCAGAGUGGCAAAUUGUUUUCAUAAUUGCCGCGUGCGUUUUCUUCGUGGGCAAUUUGAUAUAUCUAAUAUACGGCACGGCUGAGGCUCAGCCCUGGGAUGCACCUGACUAUCUGUUAGGGAACAAUAUUAAAGAGGUACCUAAAACUGCGCGUAACGAUAAGCUUAAGAGAGUUGAUGACUCAUUUUAGGCCCAGUGCAAAAUUUAAGGAUUGACUAGAGGGAGUUGAAUGUCACAUUUGGGGUAGGACGCUUAGGACAUUUUAUAGAACAAGUAAGGAUUGGCAAAGUUUGGGUGUAAACGAUCAUUUUAUACAAAACAAUAACUUGCAAGAAUCAAAUUCCUUCAGCUGUUGGUAAAACUUCGUAUUAAAAAUGUUGCAAAAGAAUUAAGCAUUCAUUACUCGAAGAAACCAUAAAAAAAAUUAAAAUCAAAUUAG